AUGAGGCCCCCAACUGAAUUCGAUGGCGGUGCGAGGAUGCCAGCAGAGGCUGAAGAAGGAGAUCCGCGGGCUCCAGCAAUGAUGAUCUGCGCGCGGUUGGCUGGUCGUGCCAUAAUUAGAGUUGUUGGACGAUGUGAGGAUGCCCAGGAAAACAGUCAACUCGAUUUGUCAGAAUGCCAGUUGAUGCAAGUACCUGAUGCAGUAUACCAUUUGAUGCGACAUACAGAACUAAAGAGCUGUGACCUUAGUGGGAAUGUUAUAACUAAAAUACCGCCUAAGUUUACUGUUAAAUUUAGCUUAAUCACAGAUUUGAACCUGUCUAAUAAUCAAAUGGCUAGGCUGCCUGAUGAAUUAUGCACACUAGCAUGUCUAGAACGGCUGGACAUUUCACAUAAUAGUUUUGUGGCACUACCGCAUAUAGCCUGCCAGUGUCCCAGUCUUCACACAAUGUUGGCGCACCACAAUCAAAUAAUUGAAGUGGAUGUCGACAGAUUAGCCAGAUCAAGAGCUCUCGAGUAUGUAGACCUCAGUGAUAACCCCAUACCCAAACGAAUGCAAGAAGAUCUGAAACAGCUUUCUAGGCCCUCAGUGUCAAUAUCUGAAAGAGAAAAAGAAGACUGGGAAGAAGAUAUCUUGAUAUAA